AUGGUAUAUGACAGGCUCCGGGCAAAGGCACUACGGGAUCGAUGGAAGGAAGAAAUGAUGUUGGUCCAAUUGGAGAUGGAUUGGACAUGUAACUUUUUCUUGUGGAAAGCAACCCAAUGGGGUGACAGGAUGCGGGAAUCAUUGGUGAAACACCUUCCGGGUCAUGCAUGCUACUCGGGAAGGCAAUCCCAAAUGUAUUCAUUGCUGGCACAGGAUGCCCAGGCAGCAUUUCAAGACCUGAAGACCGGGUUUAUAGAUGCUCGAGAUGAAUGA